CGGAAAGCGCUUACUUAUUCGUGCGUACUUUACGACGGAGUUAUUCUAAGCUCAUCACAGGAACAUUUUCCUAACUACGUUUCCACGCUUUUAACAAUUUAGGAGUCGCAGAGAGAAAGACACACGGUCUUUAAUUUCACAGUGAAAAUGACCUCGAUUCGCUUCAAUCUGCCAACGUUAUUGAAUCGUCUGUUAAUCUGCGUCACCUUGCUGCUGAAUAUCCGCUGCUGUGUUGUGGCCAAGUGGUACCACAGACCCAACGUUGUUCUGAUCCUCACUGAUGACCUGGACAGCGCUAUUGGGGGCAUGACCCCACUGAACAAGACCAAGAAGCUGAUUGGUGAAGCAGGGAUCACCUUUACCAACGCUUUUGUCGCCAGCCCGCUGUGCUGUCCCAGCAGAGCCAGCAUCCUAACAGGGAAGUAUCCCCAUAACCACCAUGUGAUCAACAACACUCUGGAGGGGAACUGCGGCAGCACGGCCUGGCAGGAAACCCAGGAGCCCAAGACCUUUCCUGCUCUACUGCAGGCCUACGCUGGUUACCAGACCUUCUACGCUGGGAAAUACCUCAACCAG